ACGCCAACGUUCACAUUUUUAUCCUACGCACUUUUAGUGGCGCUCGCCCACUUGUCAGUUGUCACCAGUUACCACAGAAUGCCUAGCUGCCUACGUUUGACCUCUACAGCUUCCUAAAGUUCUCGCGAGAUGGUGCGAGCGUCACUUCAGCCAUCACAAUUGCUAAUUUUAGUCUGAAUAAUGUGGUGUUCUUAGCGAGCAGUUAGUGGAUGUAAACGUUUGUCGGCGUUCGGUUUUGAAUUUAAUGUGCUUCGCGAUUUGGUCUGUGAAAUCAUUUUAGGUUGUUGACAAGUGUCUAACAAUGCCUGUGUUUCACACGAAGACCAUCGAGAGUAUUUUGGAGCCUGUAGCUCAGCAGGUUUCCAGGCUCGUCAUACUCCAUGAAGAAGCCGAGGAUGGCAACGCUAUGCCCGACUUGGAGCGGCCGGUCAUGGCCGUCAGUCGGGCUGUCACCAAUCUUGUCAAGGUUGGUCGUGAGACCAUCAACAGCAGUGACGACGCCAUCUUGAAGCAGGACAUGCCGGCAGCCUUGGUGCGAGUGGAAGGGGCGUCGAAGCUCCUGGAAGAGGCGUCUGCCAUGUUGAAGGUGGACCCUUACAGUAGUCCAGCGAGGAAGAAGCUGAUCGAGGGCUCGCGGGGCAUCCUGCAAGGCACGUCCUCGCUGCUGCUGUGCUUCGACGAGUCGGAGGUGCGCAAGAUCAUCCGGGAGUGCAAGCGCGUGCUGGACUACCUGGCCGUGGCCGAGGUCAUCGAGACCAUGGAGGACCUGGUGCAGUUCCUCAAGGACCUCAGCCCCUGCCUCAGCAAGGUGUCGCGGGAGGUCACUGCCAGGGAGAAGGAGCUGACCCACCAGGUCCACAGGGAGAUCCUGGUUCGAUGCCUCGACCAGGUGAAGACGCUCGCACCGAUACUCAUCUGCAGCAUGAAGAUCUUCAUACACAUCAUUGGCCAAGGGGGUAAAGGCGUGGACGAGGCGGCAGAGAACAGGAACUACCUGUCCCAGCGCAUGACGGACGAGAUCAACGAGAUCAUACGAGUGCUGCAGCUGACGACGUACGACGAGGAGGAGUGGGACGCGGACAACCUCACCGUCAUGAAGAAGACGCACAACGCGAUCGAGGGGAAGAUCAGGACCGCACACGACUGGCUCGAGGACCCGCUGGCGCUGCGGGGCGGAGUGGGGGAGAAGUCGGUGCGCCAGAUCGUCGGCCACGCCCUGAAGGUGGCGGAGCGCUCCCUCCCGCACGACGCGGAGGCCAUCCGCAAGCUGUGCGGCGACGUUACCACCAUGACGGACGCCCUGUGCGAGCUGCGGCAGGACGAGAAGGGGGCCACGCCCCAGGCGGAGGCGCUGUCGCGCGGCAUCCAGGAGAAGCUGAGGGACCUGCACGGGCUGGUGAACAGGGCCGUGCAGAACGUGGAGAAGUCCGGCGUCCAGCAGCCAGCGCACACCGUGUCGGGCCGGCUGGAGCAGGCCCGCCGCUGGCUGGACAACCCUGACCGCGACGACAAGGGCCUGGGCCAGCAGGCCAUCGCGCUCAUCGUGCACGAGGGCAAGAAGGUGGCAGACGGUCUGCCCGGAGUCCACAAGGCGGAGAUCCUGGGGCUGUGCGACGAGGUGGACAUCUUGUCCCGCCAGCUGAACGACCUGUGUCGCCGCGGGCUCGGCAACACCCCGCAGGCCCAGGAGAUUGCCCGGGCGCUGUCUCAGAAACUGUAUGAUCUGAAAGAUCGCAUCCAAAACGCUGUUGUGAACCGUGUGGUCGAGGAUUUCAUCGACAUUUCAACGCCCUUGAAACAGUUCACUGAUGCUGUCCACGUUCUUGAAGGCACGCCCGGGCGGGAGCAGAACUUCGUGGACAAGGCCCAGCAGCUGCAGCACUUCUCGGGCCGGGCCUCCAAGACGGCCCGCAUGGUGGCCGCCGGCGGCAGCGGGGGCAACAAGAAGCUGGCAGAGGCGCUGCUCACGUCCGCGUCCCAGGUGGAGAGCCUGACGCCUCAGUUGAUCAGCGCCGGGCGCAUACGCAUGAACUACCCGGAGAGCAAGGCUGCCGACGAGCACUUCCAGAACCUGGUGUCCCAGUACUCGGACAGCAUCCAGCGCAUGAGGACGCUGUGCGACGAGGCCACCGAUUCCGCGGACUUCAUCAAGAACUCUGAGGAGCAGAUCCAGAAGCACACGAUCCUGUGCGAGGAGUCCAUCCGCAAGAACCAGCCGCAGAAGAUGGUGGACAACACGUCAAGCAUCGCUCGCCUGGCCAACCGCGUGCUGAUGGUCGCCAAGCAGGAGAGCGACAACUCGGAGGACCCCAAGUUCAUCCUCCGGGUCAACCAGGCGUCCGACUCUCUGCAGAACAGUGUGACACCCAUGGUGCAAGAUGCCAAGGCUGUGGCAAUGAAUACUCAAGAUCAAAUGGCAAUCUCUCGAUGGAAGGAAUCCAACAGAGCGUUGCUGUCGGCAGUUGGAGAGGUGCGUCGAGCUGUGACGGUCACCCCAGACCUGCCCCCGCCACCGGACAUGACGAACCUCCACAUCAACGAUGCUGAGUUGGGCAACAUUUUUAAUGUGGAUUUUAAUUCCAUUUUUGGUCUUGGUGCACCGUCAUCUGACAGUAUUAAUCAGCACUUAACAAUUGAUAACGGAGAUGAAAUCAAUGUGGAGCGAUACCAGCCUUCCCAACAGUACAAUUACUUCAGCGAGAAAGUGGGGCAGUCGAUGCGGGGCCAGCCGAGCCCCGGUGCCUCGCCGCUGUCCCCCCCGCUGGGGCACAGGUCCCCGGGCAUGCGGGCCGUCAGCCCCCUGCCAAAGUGGGCCCGAGGGGAUAACGCAGAUCUGUUGUACCACGAGCUGACGUCCGACGACGAUCACGUCGAAAGAGACUAUGCCCCGCCGCGACCGCCCCUGCCGGGCGGCGAGAUCGCCCCUCCGCGCCCCCCUCCCCCAGAGACCGACGACGAGGACGACAUGUUCCUGCACGCGCCGCUCCCCAGCCAGCCAAUCAUGGUGGCGGCCCACGGGCUGCACCAGGAGGUGCGGCAGUGGUCCAGCAAGGACAACGACAUCAUCGUGGCGGCCAAGAAGAUGGCGGUGCUGAUGGGCCGGCUGAGCCGCCUGGUGCGCGGGGAGGGGGGCAGCAAGCGCGACCUGAUCGCCUGCGCCAAGGCCAUCGCCGAGGCCAGCGAGGAGGUGACGCGCCUGGCCAAGGAGCUGGCCAGGGAGUGCACCGACAAGCGCAUGAGGACGAACCUGCUGCAAGUCUGCGAGAGGAUCCCGACCAUCGGCACGCAGCUGAAGAUCCUGUCCACCGUCAAGGCGACGAUGCUGGGUGCUCAAGGCACGGAGGAGGACCAGGAGGCCACGGACAUGCUGGUGGGCAACGCACAGAACCUCAUGCAGUCCGUGAAGGAGACUGUGCGCGCAGCCGAGUCGGCGUCCAUCAAGAUCCGCACGGACGCCGGCAUCCAGCUGCGCUGGGUGCGCAAGCAGCCGUGGUACCAGUACUAGGUGCGUGUGUGCCACCUGGGACGCAAACACAUGCCUGUGAUUUUAUAAUUCGAUUACAAUCUGCCCUCAAUGCUAUCCCAUCUUGUGCUUACGUUUUCAUCUCCGUGUACGUUGCACAUAUUCGGUCAGCUAUUCCUGUAAAUUACUUCUACAGAUCCAACCAUCAACUUUUAAUCUAUGUUAAUUAUUUAACAAUCCUGAAUGCCUUGUUAAAAAUGUUUACAAAUGUUUAUUUUCUGGUCAAGGCAUUUUUUUUUUUGGGAUAAAUUAAUUCUGAAAAUGGUGUUUUCAAGUACUGCUGCUGCAGAAAUGCUGCGUAGGAAAUUCUAUACAGUGUUAAGUGCUGUCUCGGAAAUUUUAAUCGCAUAAAUUCUCGGCCAGGUUUAUGCUUCUGUCCUGAACUAAUAGUCGAGCGAAUUGAGAUGCCGUGCAAGCUCACUCGGUAAUGGAGGGUCGAUCCCGGAUUUUUGGCAGAGAUGUUACAGUGUGCCGGUGAAUGUUUCUCCACCCAUUCACUUCGUCAAUGCUCCGUUCUCAUCUCGUAACUCCUUAUCAGAUCUAAUGAUCCAGUGUUAGCACCUAAUUGAUUCAUUUGUUCGUAUUUCGCUCAUUCAUAUUGAUUCAUUCAUAACCUGCUUUCAGGCUUUAAAUAUUAAGUCAAGUAAGCAAGUUGUUAUCAGGUAGUCCACUCAAAUCUGUAGUAAAUUUCCCAGACUUUUUCCUGUCCAUAAUUUCUAGUACUACUAUGAUUUUUUUUUAAUUUACCUAAUUUGCAGCAAUUUCCUGAACGAAAUAAAGAAAAUCCAACCUCUACCAUUCCCAGAGCCAGCUUAGUUCUCUCUCUACUUUCUUUAUUUCUUUUUAUAUUAAAUUGAACCUUGUGUAUCGUCACUUAGCAUACAAUACCACCUAACUGUAAAAUUAGUGAAAUGUAAACUAGGUGGUAUUGUUAGCUAAGCGACGAUAUGCCAGUUUAUAGUGCCCUGGAACACAGUCUAAAAAAAAUGCCUUCACAGACUGGGUGUUGGCAUGACAUUUUCCCCUCAAAUUACUAUCACUGGGGAGUUCUCUCUAUGUUUCCUGGAAUUCAAGUUGUAGCGUUGUAGGCCCUUACCCUCUCAACAUAUGAAACAUUCGGUCAGACAAUGGCUCGAAAAAUAAUAUAAUUAUGUAGUUGAGAAGAAAAUUUCAUGGCAGCAGUCCUGGCAGUGCCAAUUUAUAAGCAUUUUGGAUUUUUUUAUGUAGAAUUUUUUGACUGCAUGCAGUCAUCUGCAUUAGGCCCGCAACGAGACUUGGAAAAAUUAGUUUUUAGUCGCCAUUCCAAGGACAGCAUUCUUGGCUUGUACCGUGAGUAUGUGGAAAAAAACCAUGGGAUAUAAUAGCAGUGAUAAAUAACCUUUUUAUCAGACAUUUUGGUACCAUUUGAAGUUUCAAUUGUUUUCUUAAAGCAACAAACUUUUUUUUUGUUAUGUUUUAUGUAUAAUCUGGAACAGUGUUGUGAUCGAAAGAUGUCUGCUAUUGAGCUAGUGUGAAUUUUCAGUGAAGGAUAAUAAAAAUCAGUAAAAAUCAGACAAAUCAGUGUUUUCAAGAGACGUUAUUUUCAUCAUCGGUCAUUUAAAGCAACAUUAGUAUGAUAUUUGAACAUUAUUCUUUAACCCAACAAAUUUGUCAAGUGUUUUUAUGAAUGUGCAAAUCAUGACUGGCAUGUUACAAAGUAAAGUCCCUGACUUUACCUGACCAAUUCCAGCUUCUCUGACUUUCCAAAAUGUGGAAAUAUUGGUUAUGUAAGCUGUCUCCCAUUAAGCUUGCCAGCAUAAGAGAUGAAAAUGUAAGUAAGCCGUCACUAACAUUAAAGCAAUUAAAUUGUUGGCUGUUGUGCAGGUCAGCUGUACAGGCAGUUACCAAUCACACCACCAGGGUUGCAAUGUUGCCAACUAACUGCGAUGACUUCUGUGGCUCGCUACAGUCUGCACGUGACCUUGUUAGCCAAGCUGUUAGCAACUUCAAUGAACUGUAGCUUCAGAUAUCAUGUAUGUCCAGUGAUAACUUUAGCCUUAAAACUACAAAGAUUCAGAAAAUUAAUUUGUUUGAUGAGAUUUGUUGUUAUAAAGACAUACUAAUCAAAAUGAUCGUUUUUACUCACAUAGUACUAGUGACCAGAUUGUAGAGAAUAAUUUUACCAGCAUUCAAUUUCAUCAGAUUGAUAAUAGCCACUGUACUAUUUCUGACGAGUUUUUUUUUUUUUUUUUUUUUUUUUUUUUUCACUCCCGUCCUUUGUACAGACAAAAAAAAAGUUGAGUGCAGAUGCUUCUAACUAUAUUUAGAGAAAACUAUUUUGUAAUUGUUAGCAUCAUGUAUUUUUAAUGCAGGGUAUUAGAUAGUAGUGAAGAUAAGUAGUCUCAAAACUAAAGACUUUCAGCCAUUCAGCCAUUUUAUAAAAUCUUGUCUCCAUUUCUGGCUUUGAAAGUGCCAAUGCUUGAAUUUUAAAUUUAAAAUUAAUAAAAAGGAAAACAACGAUAUCUCAAAUAGCCAGGAAAAAAGGUAUUUAAAGUUUGUAUUAUUUGGAGUUAAUGUAACUAUGUGGAAAAAAUUAAAUGUUUAUAAGUGAAAAAUCCUUAGUUUAGAAUUGCAUGUAUCCAAUCCAGUGUCUGCUUUGUUAUCCUGUGUUUUCGACUUUGACUGUGAUUUCAAGAAUGCUUCAAAUUCUUGAGCUAAAAAAUCUCAAAUUAAGUCUUUCUCCUAAAAUUAUUUUUAGUUUUUUUUUUUUACUUUGUAAAGAAAUGUGCAUGGUUUGUUAGGUAUUCUCAUUUUCAUGUAACUAUUUUAUGCUACUGAGCUGUAUUAAUAAAACAGACCAAGGUUACAGUCUGGUUAUAGUACAAAGACAGCCAAACAGCCAGGCAUCAGCAACACCCGGUUGUCAGUGUUACAGUUUUGACUAUGUAUUUAAGUUGCUUCUGUGUGAGUGUACCAUGCCAUUGUGAUCUGGUAACCCACGUUAACGCAACCAUUUUCCGAAAGUAGUUAACCUAAGAUUUCGUUAAACUUUCUUCUGCACAAAUUAACAUGAUUGAACUUUUAUCAUGUGAUACCCAGCAAUUCCUUCACGUCACUUUAUGUAAUUAUUAAUCUUCUCUAAUGCUGCUUAGUAUGACAAAACGAACACCAUUUUAUGCUGCGGUCUGGCGUUAACAGUUUUUAUUUGUCUUGCUAGUUUCAACUGCUGGGCACCUGCGUUACUGUUACUGAUGCCAGCGACAGUUAUAAUUCCUUAACAGCUAUAUUGUUGAAGAUAUGAAAAUUUUCUGCCCAUGGAUGCUGUAAAAAGCUUAAUAUAAUUUGUAUUAUUUUGAUACUGUAACAAUUACUUAGCAUUGAUUGUGGUACAAGUGGAUUCAAAAUAUAUGUAUUACAUAACACAGCACUAAUUAUUUUUUUGUAAAAAUAAUUAAUUUUGUUGUUUGUUAACAUGUCAUACAAAUUUUUGGUUUUCGUGAAACACUUUGCAGUGUUAACAGAGGUUGAAUUGAAUCAACCUAUAUAAGCCAAAAUAUUUCUUGUAAAGUUUGUGUAUUAUGUAUGUUAAUUUCAUGUUUGCUUUAAGUAGUUUAAUUAUAGACAUAAUUGAAAUAGAACAAUAUGAUGUUAUGAAAACCAAGGAACUCUCCCCAGCAAUCUAAUAAACAAGAUAGUUUUGCUGCUCACACUAUUAUUUCUUCACUUUAUAGGGUAUUCCUUCUUUCAUAACCACCUUAAAUUAGCUUUCAAAUCUGCACCCACAGUUGAUCCAAAUGUGCCAUUUGUUGUUAAUUUAUGUACUAAUGAUUGUACUGGAAUUUUGGUGAAGUAACAAAACCGUGUUGUUGUUAUACAAUUAUGUUGUUUUAAGGGUUGUGCUUGAAGUAGAAAUUAAUGUAUAUAUAUUUUUCUAUGCACUUUUCAACCUAGAUAAAAAGUUCCUCAAUUUUUUACAAGUUUUUUUGGCAAAAAUAUUAUUUUAUUUGGGCACAAUAUCUUAGAAGCAAAUUAAAUGUUAUUCAUGAGUUUUUAACUCAUUUGCCUACAUUUCCAUGUUAUAGGAAAUUAGACAAACUGUUAAUAUAGUAACUCCAUCUAUUUCUAGGUCAUGAAGGUACAUUUUACAAAUAUAUGUCUACUGACAUAUAGUAUCCGAACAUUACUCUUUUGGAGACUCAAAGUUUCACAUACAACUUUUAGUAAAAGUGUUUGUGUUAAACUUUGUUUCUGCUACUUUUUUAACUUUCAAGGUUUUUUUUAUUAUUGAAAAAAUAUAUUAAUUUAUUUAUGAUUUAUUUUCUGAGUAGGUUACUUUUUAUUUAUAUAAUGUUUAUUAUAUGUUGGCAACAUUUUUUAUGUAAUUCGUAAUUUGGAAUAUUAUGUAAUUUUUUUUACUGUACAUACUACACAGUAAUUAUGAUUAAUUUCCUGGUUUUAUUUCAAAGAUCUCAGGUUUUUUUUUUACUUCUGUAAAUAUCUCAAGAUCGUAAGUAGCUAAAACAGUCAUAUUCAAAAUAACUUCAGUACCUAUGUACAGUAAAUGUUUGUAGGAGUAAAAGCUGCAGGCUUUGUUGUGUACAUAUUUGUAUGUAAAUUUGGGGCUUGUCUGAGACACAGCAAAGGCAAAAUAUGAAACAAUUUUUCAAAUGUAUAGUAACCUUGAAACACCAGCACAGUGCCAAAACUCUUAGUAUAGCAAUGUACAUUGUUUCUAAUAAAGAUCUUGGCAUGUUUAUUUAAACAAUUUGCAUCAUCUUAAAACAUAUUUUUAUUAUUUAUCAUUUGACUUAACUGUGUAUUAACAGUUCUCAUUUUGCUAUUUUAUUUCCUUUUUUUUUUUUUUUUUUUUAUAUAUAGCUAUUGGUGGUUAGUAGGACUAUUACCACAAAUGAGUCUUUAUGCACAAUAAUUGCAAUGGCAAUACAUUAAUCAGCACAUGUUCUGUUUUUGUGUGUUGCAUGUUGCAGAUGAGAUUUAAGCCUAGUGGUUACCGAGAAUUAACUUGUUAUAUGUUUUUUUGUAGUUUUUUUUUUUCUGUUUUUUUCGCUGAGGUAAUUGACAAAAUAUUUAUAAUAGUUUUCUACUAGUGUCUUAAAAUGUAUGUAACUACUAAUUAUUAAGACUUAAUAUUUUGAGCAUACAUUGCUUUUUAUUGUUUAUGAAUUUUUUUAAUCCAUUAAGUAACAAUUACAGUAAAAUAAUGAAGACAUGUGCGCACAAAUAUAUUUUAUUGUUUUUUAUGCAUGUGUCUUGUGAAGCUGCAUAAUGUUUAAGAAUUGGAAAGUUGUUUAUUUGUACAGACAUUGAGUGAAGAAAUGCACGACAUGUAUUGACGGGGGAGGAAAAAUACUAAAAUAAGUAGAGCACUUAAUGUCCAAGUACUUACGCCCAAUCAAAAACAUUUAUUACAUAUGGAAUUUUAAAUAGUGCCUUGGCUGUUGUAUUUCAACAUAAGUAUUAGGUAACAUCAAUUAUAGAAAGUAAAGUUACAAUAUUUUCACUAUCCAAAUUUUAAAAAAUGUGUUCUUAAAAAGAAAAAGGAUUUUUUUAUGCAUUAGAACAUAAUUCAAACACACAAUUUCUCUCUCUCUCUCUCUCCCCCUCCCCCCCCGAAACCAUGUUGGUUGAUUUAAAAUGUUUAAGCCUUUGCCAGGACUAAAAAAUUAAGCAUAAAAAAAUUAAAAAUUAUAGGCAUCUCCAAACAGUUAUAAAAAUUUUUAGUUAAAUGUGCAGAUAGGUCUUCACUAUUAUGUUAAUUAUAUAUAUAUUUUAUUACCUAAUUUUUAUCUUGUGUAGAUUUAAUACUCUAUAAUUUGCAUUUUUAUAUUCAAGCAAUAGCAUUGUUGUUUUUUUUAUUUUGCUGCUGUAGAUUUGUUUUGAUGUGUUUUGGAUUUAUGUGUUUUAACACUUCAAAUAAAAAACUUCUUUGUU